AUGAAACGAACUCGUCCUCGGACUGAAGACUUUACGGUAGGAUGGAUAUCCGCUUUGCCUCUCGAGUACGCCGCCGCCAAAGCAAUGCUCGAUGAAGAAUACGAGGGCGACGGCCAUAUGGUCCAGUACACACUCGGGCGUAUCCACGAUCACAAUGUUGUCAUGGCCUGCUUACCAGCAGGGCAGAUUGGAACAAAUGCAGCAGCGACAACCGCGGCACUCAUGCGGUCCAGGUUUCCAGCUCUUCGAUUCAGUCUUCUUGUAGGAAUUGGAGGGGGAGUUCCGAGCAAAGAUGCCGAUAUUCGACUUGGUGAUGUCGUGAUAAGCCAACCGCAAGGGGGAUACGGAGGUGUUGUCCAAUAUGAUCUAGGGAAAACGCUCCCGGGAGGAAAGCAUGUUGCAACAGGUCUUAUGAAUGCGCCAUCACGGGAAUUGCUUACCGCUGUAUCAAUUUUGCGGUCGGAGCAAACUGCGGGAAGGAGUAAUCUAUCGCAGUAUCUUUCCGAACUAUGUCAACUUACCGAGUUUAGUCGAUACAACAACGGCCCCGACAACCUUUUCAAUUCUCUAUAUAACCAUGUUGGCGAAACAUGCGAUGAAUGUGAUCAAGCAAUGAUCAUACCACGAGCGCCACGGAUCAGUGAUGAACCCCGUAUUCACUUUGGUACCAUAGCUUCAGGAAACCAAGUCAUCAAAGAUGGGACAACAAGAGACAGGCUCAGUGCUGAGUUUGGAGGUGUUCUCUGCUUCGAAAUGGAAGCUGCAGGUUUGAUGAACCAGAUUGACUGCCUUGUCAUCCGCGGCAUUUGCGACUAUUCAGAUUCGCAUAAGAACAAGAAAUGGCAACCAUUUGCUGCUGCCGCCGCCGCCGCUUGCGCAAAAGAGAUUCUAUCAUCUGUUCCUAGCGGUUCACGUGAAGAGCGGUCGUCCUAUAUGGACUCAUUGAGAUUUGAGCAAAUGCAGUCUAGACAGGAAACAAUCAAAAACGCUCAUGUCAACACAUGUCGGUGGUUACUUAAGAGAUCUGAAUAUCGGGAAUGGCUUGACUUUAACAAAUUCGACGAUCACAAAGGCUUUCUGUGGAUCAAAGGCAAACCAGCGACAGGAAAAUCAACCAUCAUGAAAUUUGCCUAUACUCAGACUGUCAAGAAGAUGAGAGAUAAAAAUAUUAUCUCGUUUUUCUUCAAUGCCAGGGGUGACGAGAUGGAAAAGUCUGCAUUGGGAAUGUACCGAUCACUUCUAUGGCAGCUGCUUCACAAGCUUCCGGACCUUCAAAUUGUAUUUGACGCAUUAAAAUUAGUACAGCCGAUGACUAUCGAAUAUCACAGAUGGGGGCUAGAAAACACCCAAAGUCUUUUGAAGGAAGCAAUUGAAAGACUUGGACAGCGGCCCUUGGUGUGUUUUGUUGAUGCCCUUGAUGAAUGCGAGGAGGAUCAGGUACGAGAUAUGAUAUCAUUCUUUGAACAACUUGGACGAGUGGCUCGUAAGUCACAUUGCCAGUUAAAUGUAUGCCUUUCCAGCAGGCACUAUCCUCACAUUUCAAUAUCAGCCGGGAUUGAAUUGGUCCUAGAAGGCCAGGCAGAUCACACCCAAGAUAUUGAGAAAUAUAUAAAUGCUCAACUCAGGAUCCAGGAGGCUCAACUGGCUGAUACAAUCAAAAAGGAGGUACUUAAGAGGUCGUCAGGGAUCUUUUUAUGGGUCGUCCUGGUCGUGCAAAUGCUCAACAAACUGAUCGAUCGUGGUCAGAUACAUAAAGUUCGACAGGAGCUACUCAAGAUUCCUAAUGGAUUACAUGAACUUCUGGAGGAUAUCCUGAUGAGAGGAGAGCGCAACAUGGCAGAAAUGGUUCUGUGUCUGCAAUGGAUCUUGUACGCAAAGCGCCCGCUGAGUUGCGAAGAGCUCUACUUUGCUAUACUGUCCGGGAUAGAAACUGAACUCGAAUCCUUCAUUGAGUUGAAUCCAAAAAUCGCCAAAGCGCUUAUGAAAAGGUUUAUUCUCGAUUCAUCCAAAGGGCUGGCAGAAGAAACGAAAUCGACAAACCCUACAAUUCAAUUCAUUCAUGAAUCUGUCCGUGACUUUCUACUCAAGGAAAACAUUCUUGAUAAGAUUGGGAUUCAUUCAAGCAGCAAUUUUUCUGCUCUGAGCCAUGACUCUCUGAAGAAAUGUUGCUUAGCUUACAUGCGACUUGGCGGAUCAUUGGACCUAACGGAACCUUUCCCAAAAGCUUCAUCUGGCGACGCAAGGGUUCUUCGCGAACGAACAAUCGAAAGACUCCCUUUCCUUCAAUACGCAGUGCAGCAUGUCCUGCAUCACUCCAAUGCCUCUGAGAAGUAUGGAGUCUCACAAGACGCCUUUCUAGAAGCAUUCCCUCUCGACAUAUGGAUCACUUUGAAUAACCUGUUUGAGAGAUACGAAAUACGUCGAUACACUCCUCACGCAAGUCAGUUAUACAUUUUCGCAGACAAGGACCUAACAAGUCUUAUCCACGUUGUGCUUCAACAUGUUCCUGUGAUAAAUGUCGAAGGCGAAAGAUACAGGUGGCCACUGCUAGCAGCUAUAGCCCACAAAAACGAAGAUACUGCAAAAGCACUUCUGGAACCGGACCCUAAUCUGAACACCGAAACCGCAACACCUUUUCCUACUGCUACAGAAUACCAAGAUGCGAUCAAUCAUAUGCUUAACCUUGGAGAGGCAAUUGCCACAAGGGACUUCUCUAUUCAGUCCUAUGCCAUACGGCAACAAAAUUGGGCUAUGCUCAAGGUCCUGUUUGCAUCUAAAGCAUAUGCAAAUUCUCGAGGGGAGUUGGGGCGUGAAAUGCUCCUUUUCGCCGCAACACGUGGGAAUGCAGAGAUGGUCCAAAUACUACUUCAAAACGGUGCAGAUAUCGAGGCUAAAGUAUGUGGUCCCAGACUACUUUCUUUGGCAGUGCAAAAUGGACAUCUGGAGAUUAUAGUCCAACUACUGCUUCAGAACGGCGCAUAUCUCGAGGCCAAAGAUAGUUCUGUUCAGGAAACACCGUUAUGUUCGGCAGCCCGACAAGGAUAUACGGAUAUAGUCGAGCUACUGCUUCAGAACGGUGCAGAUACUGAAGCUAACGACUAUUAUGCAUAUACACCGCUUUGUUUGGCGGCACAAAGAGGACAUACAGAUAUAGUCCAAAUGCUACUUCAAAGUGGGGCAUAUAUUGAAUCCAAGGACAGUCUUUAUCAAGAAACACCACUUUCAUUGGCAGCACGAGGAGGACAUACUGAUACAGUCCAAAUACUACUUCAAAAUGGUGCAUAUAUUGAAUCCGAGGACAGUCUUUUCCAAGAAACACCACUUUCUUUGGCAGUACAAAAUGGACAUACAGACGUGGUCCAAGUGCUACUGAGAUAUGGCGCAAAAAUUAACUUUAUGGAUUCAAUCUUAAUGCAAGUGGGAUAUACAAAUAGUUAG